AUGCCCGCAGCAGUGGCUUACGGAACAAACCGAACGGAUCCCAAGGGCACCCCGCAUCCAACCAUGGGUGAUGGAACUCCAGCCAUGGGCAAACGCCACAAGAAGACGCACGCUUUGUGCCCUCGCUGCGGGAAGAAGCAAUGCGCCGCCUGCGGCUUCCCAGCGACCAAGAUUCGAUCCUACAACUGGUCCAAGAAGUCCAAGCGCAGACGAGCACCAGGCACUGGCCGCAUGAGUUAUGUGAAGCACAUCGGCAAGCGCUUCAAGAAUGGUUUCCGUGAGGGAGGUGCUCCUCCAGCUCGCAAGAAGAAGCCAGCGGAGAAGUAG